UUCUCGGAGGUGGCGGAGGAGGAGCUUCCUGACGGAGAUCCUGAGGGCGACCCGCUCACCGUCAAAAAGUUGAAGGAGAACAUCUUGAGGUUCGGGUGUGUGAUGCGGCCCCUCACGGAGUGCCUGGCCGUCGUGACGUCCCUGCUGCACUGGGAGUCGACCUCGGCCACGCUCCUCGCCCUCGUCGUCUACCUGUACAGCGUCCUCUUCGGCUGGGUCCUAACGCUCAUCCUCACCCUCGCCAUCAUCAGGCUUUCCAUUAAUUACCUCAAGAAAAGGUCCAUAAUAUCGGACCCGUACUGCCGCAGGGGAUGGACGCAGCACAUGUUCCGGCGGCUGCGGCGAGAGGGCGGCGAGGCGGGCGACGCAAGCGGAGGCGAGUCUGGGCUGGGAGACAAGUUCGCCCUCGUGUUGCAGGUGGCACGCCGAGUGCAGAACCAGCUGGGCGCAGUGUCCAACGCUGCCGAGAAGUGCAAGAACCUCCUUCUGUGGGAGCACGAGGCCACCCGCCGUCUGUACGCCAUCUUGUGGGUGUUCUUGCUGGCCUCCAUUCUGCUGCCUUCGUCGCAGAUCUUCACCCUCAUCGGCAUCUACCUCGGGGUUAAGUUCUUCGUCCUCGACUACGUGUUCUACAGGUACCCGAGAAUCAGGCAGAAGUACGACUCCACGUCCCGGCUGUGGGACACGCUGCCGACCGACGCCGACCUCGAGAGGCGGAACGAUAAGAGACACCUGGAGAACGGCUGCUCCUCGCCGGACUCCACGUCGUUCCUCGAGCUGUUCAACCUGCCGGCUGCCGAGUCCCCCCUCCCAGGUUGGCAAACCGGCCGCCGGUGCACGCUCGUCAACCGGGACCGCUCCCUCACCUCCGCCUUCAAGAACGGCCGCCUCUACCUUACCAACAGCUACCUGUGCUUUGAACGCAGCAAGAGCCAGUCCGCGAAGAACCUGAAGCUGUCUCUGAAGGACGUCCGCGUGGACAAGGCCAACAGCUACCCGUGGAUUCCCGGAGGAGGGAUGGCCAUCGACGUCACGGUGGAGAACAUCGGCAAGGGCUACUUCUUCGCCGGGAUCCUCAACCGGGACGAGGUCUUCGAGGGGAUCAUCGAGGGCUGCAGGAGGUUCGGGGCCACUUGGUGCGACGCCGUGGCCGCGCAGGACUCGAAGGCCUCGAAGGACGCCAAAGACAGCAAGGACGGGAAGGAGACGAAGGAUUCCAAGGAUGCCAAAGAACAGAAGGAGAACAAAGACAAAUAACGGUGCGUUAUCACGAAGCGGGUGAUGAAGAGGCGAUGGGUGUUGGAGGACAAGACGGAGAAGCUGGUCAAGUCCCGCCUCAAGUGCAAGAAGCUCGAGAAGACAUGACGUCGAAAGGACCCUUAAGGGCACUUAUUUUGUACGAGACGAAGCCUUUCUGACGUAAUAUGGGUGGAUGAACACUCUUUGCCUUUCCACAGUCGCUCGUAAGUGAAUACUCAACCCUCGUUGGAGGAAUUCGAAUAUCAAACGAUCCAGGAACAACAGACAUGAAUGCUUUUUAUAAAUAGGAGAGAGAGAGAGAGAGAGAGAGAGAGAGAGAGAGAGAGAGAGAGAGAGAGAGAGAGAGAGAGAGAGAGAGAGAGAGAGAGAGGAAGAGGGAGAGAGACAGAAA